AUGGAUAACAGUAGUCUCGACAUCUGGGUUGCCGGCGCCCUAGCAGCCGUAACAGUCGACUUCCUAGUAUACCCAAUGGACACACUCAAAACACGCAUCCAAUCCCCAAACUACACCCACCUCUACAAAGACGCCACAGGCGCCAUAAAACGAGACGUCCUCUUCCGGGGCUUAUACCAAGGUGUAUGGAGCGUUGUGUUCGCGACUGUACCUUCAUCAGGAGCAUUCUUCACAACCUACGAAACAACAAAACACAUCCUAACCCUCUCCUCCACCCAAGCCCAACCCCAAUCCCAAAAUAAAAAUACUCCAAACCCCCUCCCCUUCACCCACCCGCUCCCUAAACCCCUAAUCCACGCUCUCUCCUCUUCCCUCGGCGAAAUGGUCUCCUGCGCAAUCCUCACCCCAGCAGAAGUCUUAAAGCAAAACGCCCAAGUUCUCAAUAUGAAAUCCUCCACCUCGACAAACGCACCCAGACAAAGCGCAACAGUCCAAGUUCUGGCUAAAUUCAGACAUCGGCCUUGGAAGCUCUGGAGUGGGUAUACGGCGCUUGUGGGGAGAAAUUUACCCUUUACUGGGCUUCAUUUUCCGAUUUUUGAGGGGGUGAAGGGGUGGCUUGUUUCGCGGAGGGCAACAGGGAAGGGGAAUCGGGAUAGGAAUGCGGUGGUUGAGAGGGCGGCUUUGACGGGGGUUGCGGCUGGGGUGUCUGGGACUGUGGCUUCGGUUGUUACGACGCCGAUUGAUGUUGUUAAGACGAGGGUUAUGUUGGGGGCUGGCAGGGAGGAGUUGAAGGGUACUGAGAAGACGGUUAGGAAGGUGAAGGGGACGUUGGCGGUUGGGAGGGAGGUGUGGAGGGAUGAAGGCAUUAGGGGGUUGUUUCGUGGGGGUGCGUUGAGGUCUGUUUGGUCGGCUUUUGGGAUGAGUAUUUACCUGGGGAUUUAUGAGGGCGGGAGGAUGUACUUGGAGAAGAGGAGGAUGGAGGAUGGUGAGGGUGGAGUGUUGUGAAGGUGAUUAGUUGGUUGGAGUAGAUAGAUAUGAGGGUCUGUAUUAUAGAUCUUAAACAAUUAUAAUUUUCUUUUUCAUUUCAGACGUUAGAUCGUCGAGAAGAGAGGACUUCAGCUAUUCUCAUCAUUUAUCAUACAUGCAUCAAGUGUACAAAAUCAAAAUCAAGAGAAAAACUUCGUAAACAAAAAC